AUGACUGUGUCGCCGACAGAGGACCGGUCGCCGGCCGGCUGUCAGCCGGGUGACUCUCCUCGGCCGGUGCGCUCGCCGGCCGGCCCGGAGCGCCGCUCGCAGACCAGCCUGGCCGCCUCCGAGCCAGAUGACGACAUCGACCAGCUGGUGGCUCAGCACCGGCGGCGCAGCUCCUCCACCCAGCCGUCCGCACUCGGGUCUCGUAGCGACUCGCUGGGCAGCGUGCAGUCGACGGGCGAGGCGCGAUACGGCACGGUGACGGUGCGAGGCGACAUCGAGCUGGCGGUGCGGCACCGGUCGGGCCAGCACGAGCUGGAGCUGGGCGUGCACCGCUGCCGGCAGCUGGCCGCCGCCGACACCCGCCGCAACAAGUCCGACCCCUACGUGAAGGUCUACUUGCUUCCGGACAGAUCCAAGAGUGGCAAGAGGAAAACGAAAACGAAGAAGCAUACGCUAAACCCUGUGUUUGACGAAACCCUCAAGUUUGCGGUGCCCUCAUCGGAGCUGGAGAGCAGGACUCUGUGGAUCACCGUCUGGCACAGUGACAUGUUCGGCCGGAAUGACUUCCUGGGCGAGCUGCUGCUGCCGCUGAGUGACCAGUCGCUGGAGGCCGCCGGCGCCCGCUGGUAUCCCCUGCAGCAGCGGAGUGAGCUGCACGAGGAGGGGACGGACCGACACGGUGACGUGGUGGUGGCGUUCAAGUACGCGCCGCCGGACGAGCCGGCAGCCAAACGGGGCCCGCCGGCGCGCGGCACCCUCCACGUCAUGGUCAAGGAGGCCAAACAGCUGGCGGCCGUCCGCUCCAACGGCUCGGCCGACCCCUUCUGCAAGUGCUACCUCUUGCCGGCGGGCAAGGGCGGCAAGCAGAGGACGUCUGUGGCCCGGCGGACCACCAGCCCCCGCUGGAGGGGCAGCCUCCUCUUCGGCGACGUGAGCGCGGCUGAGCUGCGCGAGCGCUCGCUCGAGCUGGCCGUCUGGGACCACAGCCUCACCUCCAGCGAGCUGUUGGGCGUGGCACGCUUCAAUACAGGAUCAGGGCAGUACCAGGGUCAGCCGGCGGACUGGAUGGACGCUCUCGGCCAGGAGGCCUCGCUGUGGGAGCAGAUGCUCGAGCGACCUGGCUUUUGGGUGGAGGGUUCCGUGCCGCUGCGAGCGCCCACCGAACGGGCCGCCGCCGCUGACAAGUGAGCCGGAGCCGGAGCCCGAGCCCGAGCCCGAGCUGGAGCCGGAGCCGGAA